AAUGGCGGCGGCUUGAAAAAGUGCGAAUGGAUCGUCUGAAAAUUUGGAGAUUUUUCGCGAUUUUCUUGAGAUAUAUGGAUUCUAACUGAAUCUCGGCGAAUGUAAACAACACUACUAAGAUGCUCUCCAGACCUGUCCUCAUCACUGCUGUUGGCAUCAGCUGCAUUCUGUUCCUCUACACAGUCACCAGGACUGGACACAUUCCAGGCACUGUUGAACCGCCCAUCCCUGGUGCCCAGACAGACAGCCCUAAGCAUGUGCUAGUAACUGGAGCUGCCGGCUUUGUAGGGUUCCACCUGUCCAAGGCUCUGUUGGACAAGCCUCACGCUAGAGUCUUUGGUGUGGACAACUUUGACAAGUGGUCAGACUUAAAACUAAAGCAGGACAGAGCCCAUGAGCUGUAUGAAUACGGAGUGGCCCUGGAGGACGGGGACAUCUGUGACCAGGAGUACCUGACCGACCUCUUCAGGAGGGAGAACUUCACCCACGUGGUGCACCUGGCGGGGAGGUCAGGGGUCAGAGGUCAGGACCUGGAUGCUGCAGCCAUCAUGGAGAACAAUGUGGAGUGCUUUGUGAACUUACUGGAGGUCAUGAAAAACUAUAAGAACAUCAAGCUUGUCUAUGCCUCGUCAGCAUCAGUCUAUGGAAGCUCGUCCCAACUUCCUUUCUCCCCCUCUCAUCAUGUAAUCCAACCUGACACCAUAGAGGGCCUUGCCAAGCGGACUGGAGAGCUCCUUGCACAGGGUUACUGUAAGGAGUAUGGUCUGCAUCAGGUGGGGUUGCGUUUCUUCACGGUGUACGGGCCAUGGGGACGGGAAGACUCGGCCCUCAACAUCUUCACUCAGCAGAUGCUGGAAGGAGAGGUCCUACAGGUGUUCCACACCAGGGAGGGCCGUCCUCUGGAGAGAGACUUCCUGUAUGUGGAGGAUGCAGUGCGAGGUAUCCUGUCAGCCCUGAACUUCAGCCCGACCCACUGUGGACAUGUGUUCAACCUGGCGUCAGGUCAGGCACAGUCAGCAGUGGACCUGGUGGCUCUACUGGAGCAGCAGCUCAACAUUCAGGCACAGGCGGUGAAGGUGCUUGCCCCUCCCCUGGAGGUUGUUCGGAUGAUGGGUGAUGUACAGUGUUCCCUGCAGCAACUAGGAUUCAAACCCAAGGUGUCUCUCCAUCAAGGUGUGCAAGACUUUGUCCAGUGGGCCCUGAAGUAUCGAGAGCAACAGAACAGAAACCAGAAGUCUAAACAGGCCAGCCUGUCACAGAAAUUCAGAGAAAGGCUUUUGUCAGAGAGAAAUGAACGUGAGGAGCGGCUCCAGAGUGAGGCGUUGGCGCGGAGGAAUGAGGAGCUGAGAACAAUGGUUCAGCAGCAGAGAGAUGUAUUUCUGAAGUAUGCCAUGAAGAACAACAUUCCACUGCCGGACAUGACCAGGGGACCGUUCCACUUCUACCAGGGGGUGGACUCGCCCGGAGGGGACAUCAUCAAAGCUACCAGUCUGAAGAACAAUCCGGAGGCCAUGAAGAAGAGAUGUCUGGAGGCUGAACAGUGUGUUGCCUUCAGCUCUGCAGGGAUGCUGAAGAGUAGGGUCAAACCUCCACAUCUGUGGCAGCAAGCAGCCUUUUCCAGCCCUGAACAAGGCAUCUAUGUAGCAGAUGUGGACAUGUGUGCGGCAGAUCUGCAUGACUGUGACGAGCAUGCCUUCUGCAACAAGACUGGCCCCGCCCAGUUCAGGUGCACCUGUAGGGAUGGUUACUAUGGCAACGGACAAACCUGCCUCCCCAGGUACAACCCCGAUGAACCCCUUCCUUUGGAGGUGAGACGAGACGGUCUCAUCAGUGUCUUCAACGGAAUCAACCUGCAGGACAUGAAGACUGCAGCCCAGUUUGUCUUCUUCCAGGGCAUGGAUUCUCUGGGAGGAGACUUCAUGGUGGCCGAACAGUUCCGAGGACAACCCAAACAGCUGCAGUCCAUCUGCUUGGACAUCCCACAGUGUAUCGGGUUCAACAGUAAUGGGAUGCUGAAAAUGUCCAUGAGUCGUCCCUCCGGAUGGAUAAGGUGGAGCAACAAGGAUUCAGACGGCCUCUACCUGCUGGACCUGAACUACUGUGAGUUGGACCUGGAGCUGUGUCCGGAAGGAUCCCUCUGCCAGCGUCAUGCCCCCGGGGUUUACCAGUGUACCUGUCAGACCCCCCUAGUCAUGGUCAACAACCAGUGUGUUCAGGUGCCGGGGUAUGGGAACAUGUCUGUGGCUGUGUACCCUGGCAGGGAGGUGGAGGUGGGAGGGUACAUGUGAACUAUGGUUCGUUAGGAGAAAUGUUGUUGCUUUACAAUACAUAUAAUAUAUAUGUACACAAUGUAUUGUGUGAUAACCCCUUUAUCCAUUGUGAGCAAUCCGGUCUGUGUUCCGGGCUAUAGAAAUAUGUCUGUCACUGUCAAUCCUGGUAGAAAGGUGGAAGUAAGGGGUACAAGUGAAAGAUAAUCAUAAACGGUAUUCUUUUAGAUACAUCUUGUAUAUGUGUAGAUGUCAAGACUCCUGCUAGUCACAGUGAACUACACAAAUGAAGCUAUGUGUGUAUAGAUUGCAAAUUACUGGGAGAAAAUGAAUUGUCUGUCCCUUUGAGUAGGGCAAGCAAAACAGCUAUGCUAUUGGCAAAUUAAUGUUCUUAUAUAAUAGGCAUUUUAGUGUGAAUUUACAGGAAAGAUGUCUACAAUGUGACAUUUCUUUAGUUUAUUCAACAAGUUGCAUGAAGUUGUAUUAUUAGCCUAAAGCAUGUGUUACAAUCAAUAACAAGGGCAGUAUGAACAUGCAAAUUAAAGCCUGAACACUCUGAAUCUUAAAUCCUAUCAAAUAAUCAUUAAACCCUGUCCAUCACCCAAGUUAAUUAUACACAGCAACACACAAACUAUAUAUACAGCCUACAGUCUUAAUAAUAACACUCACUAGUUAAAAACGAUUGACACUGAAGUUUGUCCAUCUGCCAAAUUAAUAAUAAUGUACUGAUUAAGUUCUAUCAGCCGAGUUAAUAAUACACAAAUGCCGAUAAAGCUCUAUCAUUAGUAUCAACCUAGAUACAUAUGUAGAAUGUUGCCUCUAUCAACCCAUAAGUUGCCGUUAAUAAUAACACACUGAUACACUGAUUAAGAUUAUGUUCAUCAGCAUAGUUAAUGAUGAUACUGAUUAAGAUCUGUCCAUCAGCCAAAGUAAUAAUAACACACGCUGAUUAAACUCUAUCAGUCAAGUUAGUAAUAUCACACUAACAACAACAACUAACAACAACAUGUAAUUACAUCAAGCUCUGGCUAUCAGCCUACUUGAUGAUGUCAUACACAAUUAAGCCAUAUGUUGCUAAUAAAAUUACAAACUAAUUAAAAUCUGACUAUCAGCUUUCUAUCAGCCCAUCACCUCAUUCAUAUGCAGUCCAUUCCAUGACGAGAAGUGCAAGUUCAAUUUACAGUGUACAAUGCCAUGCACUUUUCCAACCUUUUGCACAUCCGGGCUUUAAUCUUACUACAAGAUGAGAAUUCACAUGCUCAUAGGCACUGGCUAAAUAUAUUCACACUGGAGAAUAGAGCUUCAGAAGUGUAUCUUGGUACAUACUGUACAUUGUAUACAAUUAUGUAGUUUCAAAAAGCUGAGCUUUUGGAAUAUGAUACUACAUAUUGACACAUGUAGAAAGUAGCAGACAUGGGGGGUGACUGUGUCUUAAUGACCUGUCAAAUCAUCAGGCAUCAGCAUUUUGAUGCUGCAUCUGGUCAUGACCACCGGUUGUUACAGUAGCUGUGGUGUCUGUACUGUUGUACACAACACCAGGUGUGGUGUCUGUACUGUUGUACACAACACCAGGUGUGGUGUCUGUACUG